GCGAGAUGACGGGCUCAUUUGCCAUCGGUUCGCUGCCCACGGCCCUUCCCUUGACGGCCUUUCAUGCGCCGCCGCUGCUCGUGCCGCCCCGCCGGCCAUUUAGAUCCCUCACACGCCGGCGGCCUCUCGUCAGCACACACAGGCCACUGCACGCCCUGCACGGUGAUGCACCACACGAUGGUGACCCUGAUGCUGCUGAUGCUGACGGCAUCGACGAGCGAGGCGGCUUCUAUGAGUACGGCGCGCCCGGUAGUCAGCCCCUUUACAACGCCUCUGAGGAUCUGCAACGUGACCAGAUCAUUGACGUGCGGGGCGGCUUUCGUGCCUUUGAGGUGCCAGGCAGUCAGCCCCUCUACAUGGCCCCUCAUGACCAGCAGCAUGAGCAGCGCCGCAACGCUACCGAUGAUGCAGCCGCCAAGCGGACAAACGACACAGAAGAGGAAGAAGGGCCGCCGGGCAUCAUCACCAAAUUAACCGAGGCUUUGUACGAGAGAGGAGAGAUGGAGCGCGGCAAGGAGCCAGCGGAGCUGGUGUAUGAGCGAGGAAAGGGACGGCUGCGGGCUGACAUCGUGACGCUGCUCGUGGUGGGCUUCUCGCUACAGUGGUUCACGGCGGGUGUCGGCCGGGCAAUCAGCUACACGGUCGGAGGCAUACUUGGUGAGUGCAUCCGUCGCUGGGAGCGAGAUGCACGCAUGCACAGAUCUGCCUCGCUGGUCGUUACAUAUCUGUCUGUCUGUCUGUUCUCUCUGCGUGUUGUAGGCAUGGUGUAUGCGCUGAUGCCGCGCGCAUGGGCCUCGCUGCAGCGGCUCUUCAAGCCGAUUUUCAAGCCGUGCGGCUUGCUCUUGAAGGCCGUUUGGUCAGCCGUCGAAAUAGUCGACCGCACGGCCAAGAUGAUAUUUGAGGAGCUGCAUCUGGGGCUGGUUUAUGACCUGGCGCAGCUGUGGUUCCUCUUCCGGUUUCGGCCGAGGAUUCCAGAGGAUUGGGACACGACCCGGCUGAGGGAGGCAAUGCAUUUGGCCUUUUUUGCAGUGUACGGCUUCUGCGUCUCCUGCCUCGCCGUCGGUCUCCACUCGAUCGUCGAUUGCAUCAUCCUGCUUACCCUUAGGGUAAGAAGGGGACUCUCUAAGUUUAGUGGGCGACUGCCCGCGUAUGUGAUGUCAUCGGUCGUGUACACUGCAUUGUACCUGAAGACGCCUCUUUCAGCGGAGGAGAGCGUUAUACGAAAGAUAGCCAGAGCCCUCAAGAAGUGCUGGUCCCUCGUGGUUACACGUGCAGUCCGGGUGUGCUAUGUGUGUCUGUUGUAUCUGUACGAGGGCCGGGGACCCUACCCUCCUGUCGACGAGGGCAAGGAGCAGAUAGGGCGGGCCACAGAAGACAAAAGCCAGAGGCAGUGAGUGUUUAUCGUCCUGCGUUGCAUGAUUUCUUUACAUGAGUUUUUCUUGCUCCGUGUGGACUGGACACGAACAGGUUCGUGGAGACAGAGGGAUGGGAUGAAUCAUCAAUUAAUUGUAUUCGAG